AUGAUACUGGGCCCGUGGACGCCGCCGUAUCAGCUGGAUAUUGAAAAAACGUUGGAAUUUACCAGCGAGGAUAUCAACUGGGUACUGAUUGUUUAUAACAUUACCUUUGCCGCAUCCCUCCUUGUUGGGGGCCAAUUGGGCCAAAAAUUUGGGUUGGAGAAGAUUUUCAUUUCAGGUGCGGCUAUUCUGGCAAUAUCAAAUAUUAUCAACACAGUAGCACCAAAUAAAGGAACUCUUCUUGCCGGCCGUACGAUUUCUGGGAUUGGAGCGGGAUUGACUGCACCCAACGGACUUGCCAUCCUGAAUACGGCCUUUCCAGACGGCAUGGCUCGAAACAAAGCAUUAGCAAUUUACACAGCUUGCGCACCUUUAGGGUCAACCAUCGGCACCGUGAUCGGAUCUCUUCUCUCUUCCUCUAGCGCUGGCUGGAGAUCGAUUUUUUGGCUGUGUCUUAUUUUCACCGCGAUGGCGCUUGUCCUAGCCUGCCUAUUUUUGCCAUCGUUUGACAAGAAGGGCGAUGUUCGAAUUGACAUCGUGGGAAGUCUAGUUUUUGUAACUGGAAUCGUUCUGCUUGUUUAUGGUCUCAAUGACAGUUCGAGAAUCGGAUGGUCCUCAGCUCCUGUCCUUGUGGGAAUAAUACUAGGAAUAUGUCUAUUAGGUGUCUUUGUCUUUAUCGAGAUAAAGAUAGUGAUCAAUCCCUGUAUUCCCCAUUAUGUUUGGAAGAACCUGCCUUUCUUUUUCAUGCUUUUCGUUAUUUUUGCGUUUGGUGGCAGCUUUAGCUCGUGGUUUUUUAUCAGUACGCAACUAUGUGUCAAUCGACUGGGUUACACUACGAUUUUGACUGCGGUUUAUAUCUUGCCAGCUGCAUUCUCUGCGAUUGUUAGUGGGAUGUUGUCCACGCAAAUGAUCAAGUUCACCGGCGAAAAGGUGACACUAGUCAUUGGUCUUGCCAUUACAGCAGCUGGUGCUGUAGCUUGGACGUUUGCCAGUCCUGAGCUAGCUGGAAGAACAGACCAUCAUAGCGGAUACUGGUACAUUAUUGUAGCUAGUAUCAUCUUUGUCUGUGGCAGCCCGCCGGCCAUGGUUCCAGCCCAGAGCAUUUUACUCCGCCAAGUGGAUGCAAAAGAUUCAGCUGUAGCUGGCGCACUGUUCAAUACCGCCUAUCAAAUAGGGGCUAGUGUUCUUCUAGCCGGUGCCAAUACCUUUAUGAAUGGAAAUCAGAAGUCCCUACUGGCUGGAGUGAUUGGAGCUGCUGCAAUCAUCGUUGCUGUUUUUUACUGGCCACAACGUGUCAAACAACCAGAAGGCCUCAUUGAGGAAGCCAUUGCAGACGAGAAAGAGAUGCAAGAGCUGAAGGUGAAGCGCUAG